AAAAGAUUCUCUUUUUUGGCGGGAAGAGAAACGCGCCUUUUUUAAAAUCGUCCUAUAAUUAAAAUUAAUUUUAAUAGUAUUUAAUAUUAAAAAAUAAAUAAAAAUGCAAGGAGAAAGCGAUGGAGAUGAGGAGGAGCGAUCAGUGAAGUCAAUAUCAGGAAAAAAAAGAAGAAUUACAACUCCAACAAUAGAUAAGUAUAAGACAUACACUAAAAAUGGAUAUACAAGACAAUAUCCAGACAACAGCUCAAAUGGCGACUUUGUGGUUUAUUUAGAACAUUUAGAUAGAGAAAUUAAACUUGGCAAUAUGAAUCCUUUAAACCUCUCCAAAUAUUUCAAAAAUAUCAAGGGGGUUCAUGAGAGAGCAAGGAUUAAUUCAAAUAAAAUUAAAAUAUCUUUCAAACAGGCAGCUUUAGCGAACGAUUUUUUGAAAUCCCGAUGCUUAUUAGAGCAUAAUUUAAGAGCAUACAUACCUGCAUCCUCUGUGGAAAGGGUAGGGGUUAUUAGAUAUAUUCCGAAAGAAAUAGGAAACAAGGAAUUAUUUGAAAAAAUUUGCUGUGAUAGAGACGUUGUUGGAAUACGUAGAUUCAUGAAACGCGAAAAAGGUAAUUUAAUCCCAUUAUCAACCAUAUCAAUAACAUUUUCAGGUACUUCUCUACCUGAAUAUAUUUUAUUAGACGGAUGGAGAUAUAAAGUACAUACUUAUAUCCCUCCGUUAUUACAAUGUUUUAAAUGCUUAAAGUUCAAUCACUCAGCUAAAAUAUGUCGUAGUGAACAAGUUUGUUCUAAAUGCUCUGAAAAUCAUUCAUAUAAAGAUUGUAGUUCUGAAACGUUAAAGUGUACUAAUUGCUCUGGAAAUCAUCUAGCUAUUUCAAAAGAUUGUCCAAUAAAAGCAGCUAGAAUAUUAAAACAUAGGCAAUCUUAUGCAAUGGCUACUAUAAAUAAAGAUUUUGUAAACUUUCCAGCUCUUCCUAAGAGUAGCAUACAGAAAUACACAGGAAAAGUUGACAGUAAUAAAAAUAUAGAAUUACCUCAUGUACCAACAAAAACAGAUAACUUUAAUAUCUCAGAUAUUGUAAAUAAUACAAAAGUCAUGAACUCGAUAAUAAAAACAUUAGUAGCAUUAGGAAAUUCGGAAUCAAUUAAGACCACAUCUCAUAUUAAGGAAAUUUUUAUUAAAAACUUAUCUGAAUAAUGGAUAGUUUAAAACUAGUACAACAUAAUAUACAAAGUAUUAAUAAUAAAAAACCUUUGUUACAAA